AUGAGUGUAGCAGAGAGAAAAAAAAAAUCUCGAGAGAGGAUGAGACAGGAUGAGGAUAAAUGGAAAGAAGUUCAAGAAAAACAAAAAGUUUGGGAUGAAAGACGAAGAGAAAAAAGAAGACAAGAGCAUAAGGAAAGUCAGGAAAUAAGAGAAUCCUACAAGAAAAAAGAAAGGUUGCGUAAAAGAAAGCAGAGAGAAAAUAAAAAGUUAGCACAAGUACAAAAUUAUAACAAUUCAGGACUGGGGUCAUACAAGUGUUUAAAUACUUUAAAAAAAGCUGUAGUAAAAACGAAAAAGGCUCUGCCUCAGAGUCCUACCAAAAAAACAGCAGUUUUACAGCAAAUGUUCAAGGAGGUUAAUCUGCAAAUGCCUACAUUACUCCAGAAACCUGAUGAUAGAAGAAGUAACAAUGCUAUUACAGAUGAAGUAAAGAAGAAAGUUCAAGCUUUUUACGAAACAGAUGACAUUAGCCGUGCUUCUCCUAACAGGAAAGAUACAAUGUCAAUUAAAGAUUCGCAAUCAGGGGAACGUACUCAUGUAGCUAAAAGACACAUGACAAUGGCCGUCGCUGAAGCUUACUCAUUAUUCGUCACUGAUAACCCUGACGUUAAUCUUGGGAAGAGCAAAUUCUUUGAAUAUAGACCUUUACAUGUAAGACCAAUGAGUGACAUGCCACACAACGUUUGCGUUUGUAUUCAUCAUGCAAAUUAUAAUUUUCUAUUACAGGCUUUAAACAAGAUAGCGCCAAUAGUUCCAGGUUCUUCUACAGAAUUUUUAAAAGAAAUUACUUGCGAUAUAUCAAAUGAAAAAUGUAUAGCUGGCGAAUGUUCAAAAUGUUAUAAAAUUUCGGAUAUUCUUCCUCUAAAGUUGGAUACAACAAUGAAAGUGACAUGGAACCAGUGGAAAUCUGUUGAAAACAGGUUUCAGAUUGUGACUGCUACUGGAACUUUAAAAGAUCUUCUAGAAGAGCUUGACAGUAAAACACUCAAGUUCAAGUAUCAUGUCUUUACAAAAAAUGAACAAUCGAAAUACUUUAAGACAAAAAUUAAAGAAAGUACAGAGACAGAAAUAGUACUACAAAUUGAUUUUGCAGAAAAUUUCGCUAUUCUGAAUCAGGAUGAAAUUCAAUCUGCUUACUGGAGCCAUGGUCAAGUAACUUUGUUUACGGGAUGUGCAUGGGCCAGCCAAGGUCAAGAAAAACAUUCAUAUGUAAUCAUGAGCGACGAAUUAACCCACAAUAAAUAUUCUGUAUGGUUGUUUAUAAAAAAGAUUAUAGAUGAUUUAAAAUCUCGAUAUGGGAACCUCAAGAAAGUGAAUAUUUGCUCAGAUGGAUGUGCUGCACAGUUUAAAAAUCGAUUUACACUAUCGACACUAUGCUUUUCUGUACUGGACUGGGGCAUUGAAAUAAAUUGGAGUUUUUUUGCUUCUGGUCAUGGUAAAGGAGUAGUUGAUGGUAUUGGAGCAAUAGCAAAAAGGACUCUUUGGUCUGCUAUUAUGACAAGAAAAGCAGUAAUUAAAAAUAGCAGGGACUGCUACGAGUACUUAGUGUUAAAAGGUAUCAAUGGAUUCCAUAUUUUCUUUAUUGGUGCAGAUGAUAUUAAAGAACACCAAGCAAAUCUUGACAAAAGAUGGCAAAAUAUUAAAACAAUUCCACAUAUACAAAAACACCAUCAUUUUGAAGGUGAAGGAAAUACAUGUAUCGUUUAUACUCUGACAGCAACAUCUUCCGAAUACAAAAAGGUUUCAAUAAUCCAAGAAGAUAAAUUAAAUUACUCUGAAGUAUAUAACUCCAGUGAUAGUGAAUAG